AUGUCCUUUUACAGCUAUAAGACCUACAUAGAAGAAGGUGACUUGGUUUUGAUUUAUCUUGGGAGAUCUAGUCUCAAGCCAAUUAUAGUUAAGACUGGAGAUCGUUUGAACACAAGGUAUGGUCAUUAUGAUCAUAUUAAUAUGAUUGGCAAAAAAUACGGCGAGCAGAUGGCUGGAGAUAGUGGAUAUGGAUUUAUAUAUUUGCUACACCCAACUCCUGAGAUGUGGACGCUUUCAUUGCCUCAUAGAACCCAAAUCGUUUACUCUAAGGACUCGUCAUAUAUCUUACAAAGACUUAACGUCACGAGUGGAACUCGAGUUCUUGAGGCGGGUACUGGCUCGGCAUCUUUCACACAUUCUUUCGCAAGGACAGUAGGGCUCGACGGGAAGGUUUUUACCUAUGAGUUUCAUGAGCCAAGAUUCUUAGAAGCCAAGAAAGAGCUCGAAGAGCAUGGGCUCACCAAAAAUACUAUAAUUACUCACAGAGACGUAUGUAAUGACGGAUUUCACAUAGAGAGCAUACCUGAAUAUUUCCAAAAAGAGGGAAAAAUUAAUGCAGAUGUCGUGUUCCUCGACUUACCAUCUCCGUGGACAGCAAUAACUCAAUUAUCAUCUGUGAUUUCACAAACAACAGCCGUUGGAAUUUGCUGCUUCUCGCCGUGUAUCGAGCAGGUUGAUAAGACAGUGAAAUCUUUGCAAGAUGAAGGUUGGAUCAAUAUAGAAAUGGUAGAAGUUUCAAGUAAGCGGUGGGAAGCUAGAAGGGAGAUGGUGAGGGAUGUGGGUGACGUUGUAAAGAGACUUAAGGACGUCCAGGCUAGAAAAUCUGCUGGCAUUGAAAGUAGAAGAGUCGCAAGUCUUCAAGCAGGUGACAAGAGGUCUCAAGAUUCUGAUGGUGAUGAUAAGCCAGGACCCACCAAGAUUCAGAAUCAAGGUAAGGGGUUUAAUCCCUUUGGAAAAGGAAUGAGAAUUAGAGAAGGUGAUAGACAAUUCAAAUGGAAACAAGUUACCAAGAUUGAAACAGAUAUUAAAAGCCAUACUUCGUACUUGACCUUCGCCUUGAAGCUACCAGAAAAAAGAUUGUACAAUAGCUAA